AUGCGGCGGUGGGUGGUGUUGGCAACAAUAGUGUUAUUGUCAUGCUGCAGCGGUAGCAUGUGCUUGGCACCAAUCUUCCGAAUCGCUCUUGGAUCGUGCGCCAACCAAAGCGCUCCCCAGCCUAUAUGGGAUGCAAUUAUCCGUUUUGAUCCUCAAGUCUUCAUCUGGAUGGACGACAACAUCUAUGGAGAUAUAAGACGCCCUUUCAAGCUUUUCGGCAAGGAGAUGACAAUUGGGCCGUGGAACAAUGUUCCUAGGUUUUACCCUUCUUCUGAAUAGGAAAUGAAGUCCCGAUAUCAACAAGCUAAGACCAUUCCUGGAUAUUCUUCUCUCAGACACAAAACUAAAGUUAUUGGCACGUGGGAUGACCAUGAUUAUGGAUUAAAUGAUGCAGGAAAAUAAUUUGAGGGCAAGAUCACUAACCAAAGGCUUUUACUUGAUUUGGAUGAACCCCUAGGAAGUACUCGGUGCAAACAAGCUGGUGUUUAUGCAUCAUACAUAUUUGGUCAUAUGGGUAAAUAUGUUAAGGUCAUUCUCUUGGAUACAAGAUAUCACAGAGAUCAUUUGUCUAGUGAUGGAAAUAUCUUAGGAGAUGCACAAUGAAUGUGGUUGGAGAGGGAGUUGAAAGGUCCUCCUACAACCAUUACUAUUAUCGUAUCAUCUAUUCAGGUAUCAAAUAUGUCAUGUCAAACCAUUCAGCUACAACUAUUUUAUACGGAAUCAUGGGGACGAUUUCUAAGGGAAAGAAGUCCUCUUUUAAGUUGAUCGAUAUAUGACAGUAAGAGGGAAGGGGUUUUCUUCAUAAGUGGAGAUGUUCACUUUGGAGAAAUUGCAAGAUAUAAUUAUGCAGCUGGUUAUCCCUUGUAUGACAUAACAUCAAGUGGCCUUACUCAAGCAGUAUCUCCACUGCUGCGUUUCAUUGCGAGAAUUUUGGCAUGGUUAACUCCAGCUAUAAUGAGAGUAAAGGACAAAAGCUGCAGAUACCGUUCGUGCACUUAAGGUCAACCAAACUUUGGUACCAUUGAGAUCAAUUGGGAUUCAGAUCCAGUAGAUUUGAAGUUUCAUGUCAGAGAUGAAAAGGGGUUGCCAGUUAGUGCAUUGAAAAUCACAUUAUCAGAACUCUAAGGCCAAAAGAUAGACUCUGAAAUGACCAUUGGCUUGGGAAAAUUCCCAAAGUAUUGCUCUCUUGAAGUUGACUUACCAUGGUUUGUCAGAUACCGGUUGGCAAUAUUUUUCUUUUCCGUUUUAGCUGUGUUGCUUCUAGCAACCAUAGGAUUCCUCUGCGAUGUCAGGUCAUGCUGCAGGAGAUGGCAUUGCAAAUACAAGCAUGAUUGAAAAUUUUGAGUGCUUGAGAUUAAAUGCCUGGUUGUUGUUGAGUGAUACAUGACCAGAUUUAUAUUCUAACAAGAGAUAUACACAGCACACGUGUCUAGUUUUCCCAACUCAAAAAUUGGGUCUUAGCGUCAAAUGGACAUGAGAUCACUUCUACAUGUGAGUCCGGAGGGCAAGACAACUAGUUGUAAAUAUUAUUUGCCUCAACUACAAAGUUAGUGUGGUUCGUUCUAUAUGAAUUUUCAAUAUAACAAAUGUAGUUAGUGUGUGGUUCGUUCUAUAUGAAUUUUUAAUAUCACAAAUGUAGUUAGUGUGUGGUCCGUUGUAUGAAUUUUCAAUUAUCACAAACGUUCAGAUACUUGGUUCUUAAUAAUUAUCUAUGAA